AUGAGAAUUUUUGCGUUUAUAAUCGUUAUCCCUCUAGCCUUUUCUUUAUCAUGCUACCAAAUGUCUUGUGACGGAAAAAUUAAUUCUACCUCAUCAAACUGCGUUGAAUUUAUGUCAGACCACUACAGCCUCAAGCCUUGUUCACAUUCAAAUUACACAUGUCCUCAUCCAAGCCAUAUUUCAACAUCUACUUCUUUAAAAUGUGAAUAUUGGAUUGAUAAGAGCUUAUGAGACGCCAGCAGUGAGCAGGAUUAUUAUGGAUAUUCCGUAGUUGGCAAAGGCGAUCCAUGCGAUCCUUAUGGCUUAGUAAGCACUUGUGACCGAGACAAGAAUCUAGUAUGUUAUUGUCCUUAUGGUACUUGCACUUGUGUAGCAGGCUUAAAAUACGGGGAAAACUGUGCAGUGGACUCAACGCCUUGUAUAGACGGUUACAUUUGCAGCCAGAAAAUCUGUACGUUGAAAUACUCAGUCAAGGCAGGCCAAAACGCAACAGAUGAAAGAGCCUGCGCUACAGGUGGACCUUUAGUUAUUAAUGGAGAGUAUUUUACAUGUAAAUCUGCUGUGGUAACUGCAGGGACUUUGCCAAAGAGUUGUAGUACAAAUAAUGAUUGUAUUUCUGCAGAUGGAACAGAUUAUAGCACUUGCUUGUGUGGAAUGAAUACUGAUGGGCAGGCUUAUUGCAAGUUGCAUUAUAGCGAUGAGCCUAUGAUUAAUUGGAGAGAAGCUGCAAGAGAUGGAGAUUGGCCAAGACAAAUAUACUGAGAGUUUAUGAGCGUAAAUUAUCCUUACUUGCAAGGGAAUAUCCCAUCAUGCUUGUCUACUACAUGGAGAGAUUAUGGGGUGUACUCUAAUGGAGAGCCAGCAAGCUCUCUUUCAGGGAGUUUUAGAAUGGAAUGUGUAAGCGCUGCUAUAGCUGCUUUUUUAAUAUGUUAA